CAGGCGAUGGCGGCCGCGGCGGCGCUCAGUUCGGAGCGGCUGGAGGUUUCCAUUGACGGCCUGACUCUGAGCCCGGAUUCGGAGGAGACUAGGCCUGGCCAGGCGGACGUUAGGCCGCUCCCGCUGGCUGGCAGCCGAGGGGGGACUUCUGGUCAGCCGGGGGGGCAGGUGAGGGACGAGGCCGGCGGAGACGGAGACGGAGACGGCGGCGGAGCGCUGAAUCUGGAGCGGCGCUGGGGCUUCGGCCUGGAGGAGUUGUACGGCCUGGCGCUGCGCUUCUUCAAAGAAAAAGAUGGCAAAGCCUUUCAUCCCACCUAUGAAGAAAAACUCAGACUGGUAGCCCUGCAUAAACAAAUUCUGCUGGGACCUUACAAUCCAGAUACCUGCCCUGAAGUUGGAUUCUUUGAUGUACUUGGAAAUGACAGAAGGAAAGAAUGGGCUGCGCUUGGCAGUAUGGCAAAGCAAGAAGCUAUGACAGAGUUUGUAAAACUCCUGAAUAGGUGUUGUCAACUCUUUUCAACAUAUGUUACAUCCCAUAAAAUAGAGAAAGAAGAGCAGGAGAAGAAAAGGAGGGAAGAGGAGGAACGUAGGCAACAUGAAGAGGAAGAACGAGAGCGUUUACAAAAAGAGGAAGAAAAACGCAGGCAAGAAGAGGAAGAGAGACUCAGACGGGAAGAAGAGGAGAGACGGAGGAUAGAAGAAGAAAGAUUCCGAAUGGAACAGCAAAAGCAACAGAUAAUGGCAGCAUUGAACUCUCAGACUGCUGUCCAGUUCCAACAAUAUGCAGCCCAACAGUACCCAGGCAACUACGAGCAGCAACAAAUCCUAAUCCGCCAGCUCCAGGAGCAGCAUUAUCAACAGUAUAUGCAACAACUUUAUCAGGUCCAACUUGCACAGCAGCAGGCAGCUUUACAGAAACAGCAAGAAGCAGCUGCUACAGCUUUAGUUACAUCUGUAUCAAAGGCAAAUUCAGCCACUGCAGGGGAAAUCUCAUCAGUCAAUGGGCAGGCUAGUGCACAUCCAGGCUGCCCUGAAAAAGACCCGGAAAUAGAUGCUUUAGAAGAAGCACUCGAGAAUGGACCAAAAGAAUCAGUUCCAGUAAUAGCAGCACCUUCCAUGUGGACACGGCCCCAGAUUGCUGACUUCAAAGAGAAGAUUCGCCAGGAUGCAGAUUCUGUAAUCACAGUGGGCAGAGGAGAAGUAGUGACAGUUCGAGUUCCAACACAUGAAGAGGGCUGUUAUCUUUUCUGGGAGUUUGCUACAGACAAUUAUGACAUUGGUUUUGGGGUAUAUUUUGAAUGGACAGACUCCCCUAACACAGCUGUCAGUGUUCAUGUUAGUGAAUCCAGUGAAGAUGAGGAAGAAGAAGAAGAACAUGCUAGCACUGAAGAGAAAGCCAAAAAGAAUGCGAACAAACCUCAGCUAGAUGAAAUAGUGCCUGUGUACAGAAGAGACUGUCAUGAAGAAGUGUAUGCUGGCAGCCAUCAGUACCCAGGGAGAGGAGUCUAUCUUCUUAAAUUUGACAACUCUUACUCACUAUGGAGGUCAAAAACAGUUUACUACAGAGUGUAUUAUACUAGAUAAAGAUCUUAUAUUGUUGGAGGUUGGGGUGGUGCGGAAGACAUCAUGUUAUUUGGAACUUACAUCGAGCAUACUGGACUAUUUGACUUCGUUAUCCUGUUUAAUGUAUCUGUGGUUGUGUGUGCGUAUGUGUGUGCUUGUUAAUUUUGAUACUGGGAAUGAGGCUUUUAUCUAACGAUCAUUAUAAAUGAGAUAGGUGGGGCUAGGAUCUCCCAUUUUUUCCUGGUGAUGGUUCUUUGCCAGAAGUCAAGACAAAAGUCAAUUGAAUUUAUGCAUUGACUUUUAAAAUGCUUUCAAUUCUAAGGCACGCAUGCACACACGCACACACAAACGAACACUGGGAGAUAUUUCAUUAGUGGCAGUCAUGAUGUUGCCUGAUGUAUAAACUUUGAACUUUUAAAAACAAAAUCUGUUAGCUGUUCAUUUGAUGGUACCAGCCUUACUUGUGGGGAACAGGGGAGUUGGAUGCCAUCUGCACUGUAGCAAGCAAGUUUCUUAAUACUGUAUUUGAAUGUCAGAUUUUUACACCAUUAAACUUGAAACCUUAGUGGAUGCAGUUUAGAAAAGUAUUUGCUGUCUGUUCUCAUUGAAAAAAAUAUUUGGAGCCUAGAAUAAUAUGAUUUUGGAUGAGAUAAAGAAAUGUGUGUGUGUGUGAUGUGCACGCAUGCAAGCAAGUGUCCUUGUCAAAAGGUGUGCACGCCCAUGAGUAUACAUAUACAUAAAUACAUGCAUAUGCUUAUACCUAUAUACAUCAGGGAUAUUUUGUUUGAUCACAGGCUUACAAAGAAUUGAUUUUGGGCAUCAAGAAAAUAACAGAUAUCUGUCUUUCCCCUGUAUCUGCUGCUAUUCCUAAAAUUGUUUUGUGUAUUCUUCUUAUUUUAAAACAAAGAAUAUCUUUGUUUAUCUCACCUAAAAUUAAUGAGAUCCACUUUUGCUUUUGAAAUUUGCAAUAAAACAGGUAUAUUAUGUAUGAGACAUUCCUUUUGGACUACAUGUCUUUUGGAAUUGUAUAGGUAAAUGUCCUAAUACAUAAUACUUCAUACUAUUUUUUCUGUGCUGGUUUUAUAAUCUAGGGAUCUUUUCCUAAUUUUUUUGAAAAUUGAAGCUUCCACAUUCACUUUAUGCAUUAUCAAAGAGAGUUGCAUUAUUGUAGAAUAAAUAUUGCACUAACGUUCUUAAAAUCACUGCCAGGCUCACCCUUAUCUUACUUUUAAGUUACUUUUGAUUUUCCAACACAUGCCCUCUUGUUCUUUCACAAGUAAUAUUCCAACGUUCACAUUGAGGCUAGACCAAAACUAAAAUUACAUAUUUGCUCAACAAUGACUAAAAGUGGGGUUUUGUUCUUUAUUUUCAGUUAUAUAACAGUUUUUGUAUGGAGUAUGCUUCCCAAAGGCAAGGUAGGAGUGCAGGUGUUGAACAGUUUGUAGAGAUGUGUUAUGCUUGACUCCCCAUCACCAAUAUCUCUUUGAAUAGGCUGACAUACAUAUUCGUUCCACUGCAAAUAAAUCUGUUGGUAUUUUAGACAUUCUGUUUGAAUAUUUGUAUAUACAUGAUGUUUUUCCUUUCUCAUAUCUCUCAUAAGAUAAGAGUUAUCUUAUUUGAUUUACGUUUUAAGCUUCUGUCCAACUAAUGCUGUCCGGACAGCUCUGUUCUAACAUGUUUCCUCAUGUGUACAUAAUACUGUAUAAGCAAUGGAAUUGAAAAGUAAUUUGCUUUUUCAAAGCUGUUAUUUUAAAAAGAAAUUAGAGGUAGGCAUUUAUUCUGUUCCAUUUGUUUUCAUCCAUACAAAUUAUGAUCCAAAACAAAAAAAAUAUGUUGGAGAGCAAUACUUGUAAACAACAGCAAUUUUUUGCUGUCAGGCUUUGUGGAUACCCAAACUCCAAAAGUUGCCUCUUACUGUUAAAUAGUGCAGAUAAGUGCGCGUUCAAGAUAUCUUGGAAUAAUAUAUUUAAUCUGAAUUAAAAAUUAUUAUAUGGAU